CUAUGACCUGGGAAUGGAGAACCGUGAUGCCACAGAUGACAAGGUGACUAUUGAGGCAGCGGAGGCUGUGAGGCACUACAAUGUUGGCAUCAAGUGUGCCACCAUCACUCCUGACGAGAAGCGCGUGGAGGAGUUCAAGCUCAAGAAGAUGUGGCGCUCUCCUAACGGAACAAUCCGGAACAUCCUGGGUGGCACUGUGUUCCGAGAGGCUAUUAUCUGCAAAAACAUUCCCCGCUUGGUUCCAGGCUGGAUCAAGCCUAUAAUUAUCGGCAGGCAUGCACAUGGAGACCAGUACAAGGCUACAGAUUUCGUUGUUCCCGGUCCUGGAAAGGUGGAAAUGACAUACACGCCUAAAAAUGGAGGAGAGCCGCUCAAGUUUGUUGUCCAUGACUUUGAAG